AGCGGAGCACUGGUGUUUUCUUUAUUUUCUGCAUGCUUGGCUCCUUCCCUUCUGCCCUCCUCUGGACUGCAGCCUCAGCUCUCCUCACAUUCAGUCCGCGUCUGUCCGCCUCGAGAUGAUCUCCCGCCUGCUGCUGCUCGCCUGCGUGGCUUUGCCUCUGUACGGAGAGGAGAAGGUGAGAAACCGAGGAUACCGAAAAGAUCCUGAUGCCGACAAGUAUGGCAGCUGCAUGCAAGGCCCAGCAGGCACCGCUGGCAGGGACGGUAACCCCGGAUCCAACGGCAUUCCAGGAACGCCUGGUAUCCCGGGCCGUGACGGCCUCAAAGGUGAGAAAGGGGAAUGCAUUAGCGAGAUUUUCGAAGAGCCCUGGAGGCCCAACUACAAGCAGUGUGCCUGGAACGCUCUGAAUUAUGGGAUUGACCUGGGUAAAGUAGCUGAUUGCACAUUCACCAAGCUGCGCUCAGACAGCGCUCUCAGAGUCCUCUUCAGCGGUUCCCUCAGACUCAAGUGCAAGAACGCAUGCUGUCAGAGGUGGUAUUUCACCUUUAAUGGAGCAGAGUGUACAGGACCCCUACCAGUGGAGUCCAUCAUCUACUUAGACCAGGGAAGUCCGGAGCUCAACUCCACCAUCAACAUCCACAGAACGUCUUCAGUUGAAGGACUGUGCGAGGGCAUCAAAGCGGGACUGGUGGAUGUGGCGGUGUGGGUGGGGACCUGUGCUGACUAUCCCAGGGGUGACGCAUCUACAGGCUGGAACUCCGUCUCCAGGAUUAUCGUGGAGGAGCUGCCUAAAUAAGAGACCUGCAUGAACGAGAGGCUCCAGCUCUGGUGCUGUAGCCGUGUUCACUGGCCCUCUGAAACGAUCGGGGACGGCUUACCCAAGCGUCACAGCAUCACUGAUUGUAACUUGAAUGUUUUUGUUUUCUUUAAACACCAAGCUGGUCAUCAGCCCGUAGACAGGGACGCUGUGGUCCUGUCUGCUAGCAACACAAGUGUACGGUAGCUUUGUCUGCUUUAUUGUUGUCAAUAAAGUUCUUUUUUAAAGAAUCAA